AUGGAUUUGCAAGCUUUAGGCUCGUCAAACGCUGAGUUUGGAGUUGAUUUGUAUCAAAAACUCGCAACUGCCAACCCAGAUGAAAAUGUCUUCUUCUCCCCAAUCAGUCUUCUCUUUGCUCUUGCCAUCACAUUGCUCGGAGCCAAAGAAAAAACCGAAGCUCAGCUAAAAUCGGUCUUAAAGUUGGACCAGUUCGCACAUGGAGAAGUGCACAGUAGGUUUGCUGACCUGAUGAGGCACCUUCAACAAUCGGAUGGAAACUAUGAACUCAACAUUGCCAACAAGUUGUAUGGAGAAGAAACGGAAAAUUUUUUGUCAGAUUUUCUUGAAGAGAGUAAAAAAUAUUAUGGAUCCGGUUUAGAACCUGUCAGUUUUUUGAACAAUGCAGAUGGAAUAAGGUCAAUGAUAAACAGUUGGGUAGAGAAGCAAACACAUCAGAAGAUCAGAGACCUGCUGCCUGCUGGUUUGCUGGAUGCUUUGACAAGACUUGUUAUUGUAAAUGCAGUUUAUUUCAAAGGAACGUGGAAAACACAAUUUGAUCAGAGUGAAACACAGAAGGGUGUUUUUGUCACACCGCUUAGAACGUUUUCAGAUGUUUCUUUUAUGCACCUGCCAAAACUUAAUGCAAAAUAUAUGUAUAACAAUGAAUUGAAUUGUCAGAUUUUGGAGCUGCCAUACAAAGGCGAUUCGAUGAGUUUUGUAGUCGUCUUACCAAAUUUAAAAGAAACUACUUUGGAAGCUGUUGAAAGCAGCAUGGACAAAAAUUUUUUCUCAACUGUCGACGAAAACAUUUGGAGAAUGGAUGUAGAAAUUUGGUUGCCGAAAUUCAAAAUAGAGAAAAAAUCAAACGCAAUGGAGAGUUUGAUGAAGAUGGGCAUUGUCGACCUCUUUUCAGAGAGUAGAACAGAUUUGUCGAAAAUGACUGGAGAAAGAAACUUGUUUGUUUCUAAAUUGUUGCACAAGGCAUUCAUUGAAGUCAACGAAAAAGGAUCAGAAGCAGCAGCUUCUACUGGAGUGGUCAUCUCGUUCAGAAGUGCAAAAAUUAAAAUAAAAUUUAAGGCUGACCAUCCGUUCAUCUUCUACAUCAAAGAUAAUGCCAUUGGCUCUAUUUUGUUCAUGGGAAGGUUGUUUAAAAUGUGA